GAGAUUCUAGCUAUCUGUAUAACAGAGCAUUCUGUCCCAGUGGCUGCACAGAUCCUCUCUGAUCCCCAGUGAAAGCAGUCGUGCAUCAGAGAGCUCUCAGAGAACCAGAGGAAUGGAGAGUGUCAGCCCAGGCCAUGCAAGGCCUGGGCGGGCAAACCCCCAGCGUGAGGCCCAGGCCUUGGGGCCUACACUGGAAGGUGUGAGAUCCACCAGGACGGUGCAGACAAGGAGUAAAGCAGCAGGGAGUGAAAGGAAAGGAGCAGCAAGAAGGUCGAGAUCGGUUUCCUUGGGAAGGAUUUCUUCCACAGACAUGGAGGAUUUGGGAAAGGCAGCUGCCAGUGCUGUGAAAACGCCUGACAGGGAAGUAAAGUGUGUGAUGAGUGAGAGGGAGGGAAGGAAGGAGAUUGUUGGUAAAGAAAGACAAGUGGAAAGUAAAGCAGAAAUUGUAUCUGUGACAAACAUGGAGGGUUGUGUGCAAAAUGUCAGUUCUGAUAUUUGUGUCUUAAAACAUAAAAUGGAAACCAGUCAGCUUUUUAUUUCUCCUGAUCUCUUUGCCUCUAUGAAAUCUGUGUCAGGGGAAGACUGUGAGUUUGCAGGUGGAGAGGCAGCACAGAGCAAACCCAGCAAACAAUCAGGGGCUGAAUAUGCAGCAGCUGCUUUGCACCAUGCGGCCGACAUGCAGUCUCCAGUGGCUGAUUGUGGGGGAGGAAUGGCUGCUUCUAAAACUUCCCCUGAGAGGCAUCAAGCACCCCAUGCUCUGGUAACAAAAACUGCCUCAUGUGCAGGGGUGCGGGUGGUGUCUGGAGCUGGUGUGGAGUCAGGGGAGGCAGUAGGAACAAACUCCAGCAGCCAUAUUGCUACUCCCUCUGUAGAGAUGUAUAAGAGUCUCACAGGGAACAGCCAUCUUGGUACUCCCACAUCAGAGGGAAACAAUUGUUCUGAUAUAAAUGAACAACCCCAAGCAGAAAGCCUCUUAAAGGGACAGUAUGCUGGUUCAAGUCACAACCAGGAUCAAACACCUACCACUGAUGAACUGGUUGAAUUAAUAAAACUGGCAAAUGAGCAGGAGCUGCAACGGAAAAAAUUUAAAGUUGAGUUGCAAAAAGCAUUUUAUAACUAUUCAACUGCUGAUGUGGAGAAGCAAGACUUUUAUUUAGCAAAAGUCAACAAAAUAAAUGAAGAGUUCAGAACCUUAGAAAAACAGAUUUUGCAGAAUUAUAAAAAAAUUGGUCCCCUUUCUGAAGUCUAUACAAACAGGAGAAGGUUUGAGGACUCUCGGCAAGCUCUUAAACAGCCGGCUAAAUACAGGUCCAUGAGGCAAAUUGCAUCUGCUUCAUCUACUUCUGAUAGUGACAAGGAGACUAGAAGGAUUGGCCAGCUGAAACCAAAGAAAUCAGUUGUUGCUCAGAUACAUGCACCCAAUUUUAUCUUCAGCUUGGAUGAGGCAAAUAAUAUAGAAGAUAAAAUGGGAAAGAGAAGCCAAUCUGCUCAUAAGGAAGAGGAAAGCUUUGUUUUCUCAGAACAGGAUUUUCCCUCCCUUCCCUCUACUUCCCAGAAUGACUGUGUCCAUCAGCCCUCAGCAUCCAAGGAGACCUUCACUCAACCAUCAGCCAAUAAUACAGAGACUUCUGCAGUUGUGCAGAGUGCCCCAAUGUCCUUGGCACUGGGGCAUGGGAAGCUGAGUGAGCAGGAAUUGACGGCAGCUGCUGGUGUGGGAGAGUCUGGGAAGGAUGGAGUGGAUGGAGUGGAGGCUGGAGCAGACUGUGUGAAUGCAAGUGAUGUUAUGGAGUGUGGAGGUGGAGACAUCAGUGAAAGUGUUGCAAGGCAGUGUGUGGAAUCUGUGCUGAGUGAUGUUAAUGAAGUAAACAAAGAUGCUAAUUCAUUGGCCGAUGUGAUACAACCUGUUCCUUGUACCACCCCUUUAAGUACUGCCGCUUUAAUUUCUAUUCCAUCUUCUUCUGCUGUACUCACCACUUCUUCUAUAGCCUCAACCUUUUCCCCAGCCCUUACAGUUUCUCCAAUAACAACUUCCCCUUUAACUACUCCAGCUGUUUCUCUGAAUCCUCUGCCUACAGUGCCCUUCGCACAGCCAAGUUCUGUCUCUGCACCUGUUUCUUCCUCUGUAAGGAGACCAAAUGGUCAGCAGUCAAUUCCUUCAGAAAGUGCAGGCAGCAGAAAUGUGCCCCCACCACCUCCACCAAAUGCUUGGAAUAGGCCACUGAAUAGGGUGAGGGUGCCUGGGGUGCAAAACAAUAUCACUGGGCCGGUUUUCAAGCAAAAGAAUGUGAUUAGGCUCAGGUGGCAGGGUGAUAAGGAACAAAUGCCUUCUAGAGAUGUGAUAGCCAAGGAGAUGCUGCUUAAGCAAAGUACUUUAACACCUACAGGCGUCAGGGCUUAUAUAAAGUUUUCUGACACCGAAUAUGACAUUGUGUUCAAAACAUCACAAGCCCUGGAAUUUUUUUGGCAGGAUUAUGACAGCUUUAAACAUUCAGGCCUGUGGGAAAGCUUUAAGUCAUCUCAAUCACUAAACCUGAGACAAAAAAAGUCACCAUUUUGUUUAAGAAUGAUUGUGUCCCACCCGAGGAUAUUCUAAUAUGGCUUAGACGUCAUUGUAAGGUGCUUACCCCUUUGAAGAAGGACAUUGAUAAUAAUGGAUAUUGGUCAGGUGGGUGGUGUACUAAUGUGGAAUUGUACAUGAGGUAUAAUGUGCCGCAGCAUCUUCCAAACUCUCUUCAUUGGAAGUGAGCGAGGGGUGGUUUUUUAUCCGGGUCAGCCAAGGGCCUGUUUCAAAUGUGGUUCUUACCGACAUCGGGCAAGUGCCUGUGCAGUGGUCAAGUGUUCACUAUGUGGUGAUGUAGGACACACCGGGAAAGAUUGCAAUGAUGUGAAAUGUAACUUGUGUGGAAGCUAUGGCCACUCACAUAGGGCUUGUCCAGAGGCUCUUCAUAACAUAAUGGAGGGUUGCCCUCAGUUAGAGGAAGAGAUGGCAAAGGAUUUGUUGGAAGAGAUAAGGGAUGAGAUGGAUUAUUUCCAGUCUGAUUCACAGCCAUCGGUCAUUCCCCCUUCUCAGCCUCAUGAUACGGUAAAAGAUCAGUCAGCUGUGGCAAGAGAUGCAGGAGAUUCUGUUCCCCUUACUGUUUCCUCUUUGUCUCAGGGAGCAAAAAAUGAGUUGCCAGUUUCUAUAAAAGAGGCCCCCAUCAUUCAGCCUUUGGGAAUACAGCCUCUUCCCCAGAGACAGAAACCUCUUGCACAGUCUGGAAAGGGAAAUUGUGAACCAGCAGAUAAGGCAAUUCCACCAGUAAGACUAAGUUUAUUUCAACAAAUGUUGCAAGCAUUAAAGUGGCCAGUACAAGAUAUCAAGCCUUUGAAGCCUUAAGCCACACCUCAGCUGACAUCAUCUUCUUGCAAGAGACCAGACUGACCACCACUGCAGAUAUCAAGAAAGCAUCAAAAGAUUGGCUUUGGGGUCCAGCUUUUUUUUCAAUUGCUGCAGAACCUGGGGGUGGUGUUGGUAUUUUGUUUAAAGGCUUUUCUGGAAUAUUUGUGCACCGCCUUAUAGAGGUGGAAGUAGGCAGGUGUCUUCUAUUAGACGUCUCUGUUGCAGGACGCAGACUGAGACUUAUUAAUGUUUAUGGGCCUCAGUCUGGGCAUGGGAGAAAAAACCUUUUGAGGGAAAUUCAGCCAUAUCUCCAUACCUCCACUUCAGUCAUCAUGGCUGGUGACUUCAACCAGGUCCUUAGAGCAGAA